AAUUCUCCUUUGCCUCCCAGUUUGCAGGAGCAUGGACAUCCGCAACAACCUGACCAGGCUGAACAUGCUGGAGAACUGCACUGUGAUCGAGGGCCACUUGCAGAUCCUGCUGAUGUUCAAAACCAAGCCCGAGGAUUUCCGCGAGCUCAGCUUCCCCAAGCUGACCAUGAUCACAGACUACCUGCUGCUGUUCCGUGUCUAUGGCCUGGAGAGCUUGAAGGGCCUCUUCCCCAACCUCACUGUGAUCCGAGGGACUCACCUGUUCUUCAACUACGCCCUGGUGAUCUUUGAGAUGGUUCACCUGAAGGAAAUUGGCCUCUACAACCUGAUGAACAUCACCCGGGGCGCCGUGCGCAUUGAGAAGAACAACGAGCUCUGCUACCUGUCCACCAUCGACUGGUCCAGGAUUUUGGAUUCUGUAGAAGACAAUUACAUCGUGGCCAACAAGGAUGACAAAGAAGAGUGUGGAGAUGUGUGCCCAGGCACUGUGAAAGGGAAGAGCAACUGUCCCCCCACAGUGAUAAACGGGAUUUUCAUCGAGCGCUGCUGGACGCACGAUCGCUGCCAGAGAGUGUGCCCCCCUGCCUGCAAGUCGCAGGGCUGCACGGCGGACGGGCAGUGCUGCCACAGCGAGUGCCUGGGCGACUGCACGGAGCCCAACGACCCCGGCAGGUGCGUGGCCUGCCGCAACUUCUACCUGGACGGGAGGUGUGUGGAGAGCUGUCCCCCCGGGCACUACCGCUUCGAGGGCUGGCGCUGCGUCACCUUCGCCUUCUGCCAGGAGCUGCACAACAAGUGCAAGAGCGCGCGCGAGUCGGGCUGCCAUGUCAUCCACAACAACGAGUGCGUGCACGAGUGCCCCUCGGGGUACAUCAUGAACUCCAGCAACCUGCACUGCACGCCCUGCGCUGGGCCCUGCCCCAAGGUGUGUGACUUUGGCAAGGAGAAGACCAUCGACUCGGUGACGUCGGCGCAGGAGCUGCGGGGCUGCACGGUGCUCAACGGCAGCCUGGUCAUCAACAUCCGCGGGGGAAAUAACAUAGCAGCUGAGCUGGAAGCAAACCUUGGCUUGAUAGAAGAAAUCUCAGGUUACCUCAAAAUCCGCCGCUCCUACGCCUUGGUUUCUCUUUCCUUUUUUCGGAAACUCCAUCUGAUCAGAGGAGAGACACUCGAAGCUGGGAAUUAUUCCUUUUAUGCCUUGGACAACCAGAAUCUUCGCCAGCUCUGGGACUGGAGCAAACACAACCUCACUAUUGCACGGGGCAAACUCUUCUUCCAUUACAACCCCAAGCUGUGCUUGUCAGAAAUCCACAAGAUGGAAGAGAUCUCUGGGACUAAGGGGCGUCAGGAGAGGAAUGACAUAGCCCUGAAGACCAACGGGGAUCAGGCCUCGUGUGAAAACGAACUGCUGAAAUUUUCUUCCAUUAGGACUUCUCAUGACAAGAUCCUGCUGAAGUGGGAGCCCUACUGGCCCCCUGAUUUCCGUGACCUCCUGGGGUUUAUGCUGUUCUACAAGGAGGCUCCCUACCAGAACGUGACGGAGUUCGAUGGCCAGGACGCCUGUGGCUCCAACAGCUGGACAGUUGUGGAUGUUGAUCCCCCACCACGCUCCAACGAGCCCAAAGCCCAGGCCCAGCCAGGGUGGCUCCUGAGGGGCCUGAAGCCCUGGACACAGUAUGCAGUGUUUGUGAAAACCCUGGUCACCUUCUCGGAUGAGCGGCGCACGUACGGCGCCAAGAGCGAGAUCAUCUACGUGCAGACCAACGCCACGGUUCCGUCGGUCCCGUUAGAUCCCAUCUCUGUCUCCAACUCCUCAUCCCAAAUCAUCCUCAAGUGGAAGCCGCCCUCGGAGCCCAACGGGAACAUCACACACUACCUGGUGUACUGGCAGCAGCAGGCAGAGGACAGUGAGCUCUAUGAACUCGAUUACUGCCUGAAAGGAUUAAAGCUGCCCUCAAGGACGUGGUCUCCUCCUUUUGAAUCUGAAGACCCCCAGAAGUAUAAUCAGAGUGAAGCUGAGGAUGUCAGUGGGGAAUGUUGCUCCUGUCCUAAAACAGACUCCCAGAUCCAGAAGGAGCUGGAGGAGUCUGCUUUCCGCAAGACCUUCGAGAAUUAUCUCCACAACGAGGUUUUUGUGCCCAGGCCGUCAAGAAAACGAAGAGACCUGGGCUCCGUGGCAAACGCCACCGUGGUGUUACCCACCAUCCCAUCCUCCCCCAACAAUUCAGCAGCAGCUGAGGGUGCAGAGGAGCAGAAACCCUUUGAGAAGGUGCUGUCCAAGGAGUCCCUGGUGAUCUCGGGGCUGCGCCACUUCACCGGGUACCGCAUCGAGCUGCACGCCUGCAACCACGAUGCCCAGGAGUCCCGCUGCAGCGUGGCAGCUUAUGUCAGUGCCAGGACCAUGCCAGAAGCUAAGGCUGAUGACAUCGUUGGCCCAGUGUCCCAUGAGCUGGUGGAAAAGAACACUGUGCACCUCAAGUGGCAGGAGCCAAAGGAGCCCAACGGCCUCAUUGUGCUCUACGAGGUGAACUACGGACGGCUUGGGGAGACCGAGGAAGCCCAUUUCUGCGUGUCCCGCAAGCACUUUGCCAGCGAGGGCGGCUGCAGGCUGCGGGGGCUGCAGCCCGGCAACUACAGCGUGCGGAUCCGCGCCACCUCCCUGGCCGGGAACGGCUCCUGGACAGAGCCCACCUACUUCUACGUGGCUGAUUAUUUGAAUGCUCAGCCAAAUAUUGCUGUUAUCAUUGUUCCUAUUAUUUUUGCCAUAAUAAUUGCUGGAAUUAUUGGAGCUGCUUAUGUGCUUGUGAAAAAGAGACAAACCGAAGGACCAACAGGACCCCUGUAUGCAUCCUCCAACCCUGAGUACAUCAGUGCCAGUGAUGUUUAUGUCCCUGACGAGUGGGAGGUGCCACGGGACAAGAUCACCCUCCUGAGGGAGCUGGGCCAGGGCUCCUUCGGGAUGGUGUACGAGGGCAUCGCCAAGGACAUCGUGAAGGGAGAGCCCGAGACGCGCGUGGCCGUGAAGACGGUGAACGAGUCGGCCAGCCUGCGCGAGCGCAUCGAGUUCCUCAACGAGGCCUCUGUCAUGAAAGGCUUCAGCUGCCAUCAUGUGGUUCGCCUCCUCGGAGUGGUCUCCAAGGGACAACCUACUCUGGUGGUCAUGGAGCUGAUGGCACAUGGGGAUCUGAAAAGUUACCUGCGCUCUUUGAGACCUGAAGCUGAGAAUAACCCCGGCCGGCCGCCGCCGACGCUGAGGGAGAUGAUCCAGAUGGCGGCGGAGAUCGCCGACGGCAUGGCCUACCUGAACGCCAAGAAGUUCGUGCACAGGGACCUGGCAGCUCGCAACUGCAUGGUGGCAGAGGACUUCACUGUGAAAAUCGGGGACUUUGGGAUGACCAGGGACAUCUACGAGACGGAUUAUUACCGCAAGGGGGGCAAAGGGCUGCUGCCCGUGCGCUGGAUGGCCCCGGAGUCGCUGAAGGAUGGCGUGUUCACCACCUACUCCGACGUGUGGUCAUUUGGUGUUGUCCUUUGGGAAAUAAGCAGCUUGGCAGAGCAGCCUUACCAGGGACUCUCCAACGAGCAGGUGCUAAAGUUUGUCAUGGAUGGAGGAUACCUGGAUCAGCCGGACAACUGCCCGGAGAGGCUGCACAGCCUGAUGCAGAUGUGCUGGCAGUACAACCCGAAGAUGCGCCCCACCUUCAUUGAGAUCAUCGAGAUGCUGAAGGAGGACUUGCACCCCAGCUUUCACGAGGUCUCCUUCUUCUACAGCGAGGAGAACAAACCUCUGGAGACAGAGGAGUACGAGAUGGACUUCGAGAACAUGGAGAGCAUUCCCCUCGACCCCUCCUCGUACUCCCAGAGGGACAAAGUGCUGGGGAGGGACAAUGGACCCUCCAUGGCCCUCAAGGGCAACUACGAGGAGCACAUCCCUUACACUCACAUGAACGGUGGCAAGAAAAACGGGCGGAUUCUCUCCAUGCCCAGGUCAAGUCCUUCCUAACACUUCCUGUUUGGCCCAAGGGUUGUGUCUGCUUUUUUCCCCCCUCCACAAAUCUCAGGACUCUUGUUAUUGCUGCCACAGUGUAUGACACACAUCUACAAACUCUUCAGAUUUUUAAUCAUCUUACGAUUAAUUUUUUUUUUUUUUUUGCCAAGUUGACUGGUUGUCAGUGGACUUCUCUGU